AUGGAGCAGUCACGCUACUAUUCCGACAACGACUUUGCUGAGCGCCAACCGCUAACCAAUUCAUUCUCCCCCUCUCGCCGUAACCAACAGCAUAGACAACCGUACCACGACCGACAAGAAUCACCAAAACAUCCACCGCCGCAGUCGCUGCCUGGCCCAGAACCCGAGUCCUCAUUUGAGAGACUCCGAGCGCAGAGGCGCUACGGCCAAGAAUCACCGAAUCGAAGCCGGGACAGAGGCCUAUACGCUGCCGCGGCCGCGGCGUCGAACGGCCCCGGACAGGCUUCAGGCGGUGCGUCGCCGGUGUCUCCGUCGAAAUCAUUUGCACAGCACAAUUGGCACCGAGCUCCAUACCCACCACAAUCAGAACCGAGUAUAUCUCCGCAGAGCACUGUCACUCCAGGUGCCGACAACUUCGGCAACACAGCAUCUGGAGGCAUGGCUGGGAUAGCGCUCAAUGUCGCGGAGCAGCGCGCAAGAGAAAGCGGCCUCAACGCGAUACACGACCCUUACUACCCUCAACAACCCUAUUACCAUCAAACGCCGGGACAAGGCUACGUCGAGAGGGGCCGGCUCGGACCGGGUGAUUAUCCAGCCCCUGACACAAACUCCCACUCGAGUUUACAGGGCCUGCCAUUAGCAGGCGCUGGGGCUGGACACGGAACCCCAGGACAGAGGACCCCGUCAAGGAGCCCGCAAGCUGUCGUCAACGACAUAUACACUGACGACCCGUACCAGCACCUUUCGCGUCACCAUCACCCAGAUGCGAGUCUAGGCGUGGUAAACCCCGACGAGAUUGAAGAUGACGGCGAUGAUGGGCUACAGUAUGGUAGAAGGGGUCCGCGAACGAGCGUACUCAGUCUCGGAUCAAGCCAGAGGGACCGUAACAGUGCCAUAAUCGCGGCCGGCGCCACGGCCGGCGCAGCAGCGGCUGGUGGUGCCAUUGGGGGGCUGGUAUCACGGAACGGCAGCGGUAGCCUAAGUAACCAGUAUGCCCCUGUCAAUAACGGCAUCAGCGGGGAUGGGGCUUCGGGCGGGUCAGGCGGUGGAGGCGCAUACAACAUGAGCCCAUUAGCCAUGGCGGGAGGCGAGAAGAUUGCAUGGCAAGCGCCGAAGCCUGGUAGGACCAGAGGCCAGAUCUGGAAGCUGGUCAUCAUCUUCGGCAUCGUAAUCAUUCUCCUUGCAGCAGUUAUCAUCGGUGUCCUCUUUGGAGUUGUCUUCAAGAACAACGAUGGGACUCGCGGCGCGGCAGGUUCGAGCUCGAGUGACGUGUCGAGCGCUGCUGACGACACCAGGGCAAACGGGGAUCUCGAUUCCAACUCCCCCGAGAUCAAAGCCCUCAUGAACAACCCUGACCUUCGCAAGGUCUUUCCCGGCAUGGAUUACACCCCGCUCAACACCCAAUACCCGGAGUGCCUGACCAAUCCCGCCUCGCAGAACAACAUCACGCGCGACCUGGCCGUCUUGUCACAGCUUACCAGCACCCUCCGGCUUUACGGCACCGACUGCAACCAGACGCAAAUGCUUAUCCAUGCCGUUAACCAGCUCGACCUUAAGGGCAAGGUCCAUAUCUGGCUUGGUGUAUGGCAAGACGCGAACAAAACGACCAACGAGCGCCAGCUCCACCAGCUGUGGGACAUUCUCGACAACUACGAACCCAGCUAUUUCAAGGGCAUCAUAGUGGCCAACGAGAUCCUCUUCCGUGAGGAGAUGAACAUUACCACGUUAGGAUCACUGCUCGAAGACGUACGCCACAACCUCACCAAACGGGGUCUCGAGUCGCUGCCCGUCGCGACGAGCGAUUUGGGCGACAAGUGGACCUCGACGCUCGCCGCGCAGAGCGACGCCAUCAUGGCCAACAUCCACCCCUUCUUUGCGGGAGAGCCCGCCAAGACGGCGGCCGACUGGACCAUGUACUUUUGGGGCAACAAAACGCAAGGCUUCCUGAAGAGCGACCCGGCCAUGAACAUCAUUGCCGAGACGGGCUGGCCGUCGCAGGGCGGCACCGCCUGCGGCAACAAUUUCGAAACCAACUGUCCGCAAAAGGCCGUCGCCGGCAUCGACGAGAUGAACAUAUUCAUGGAGGACUGGGUUUGCCGCGCCCUGGAGGACGGGACCCAGUACUUCUGGUUUGAGGCGUUCGACGAGCCGUGGAAGUGGAAGUACAAUACUGAUGGCAAGGAGUGGGAGGACCACUGGGGGCUGAUGGACGUCAAUAGGAACCUCAAACCGGGACUCAAGAUACCAGAUUGUGGAGGGAAGAGGGCUCCUUAG